AUGAAGACACUCACUCUCGUUGCUGCCGUCUUUUCUGCCGCUGUUCUGGCUGCUCCUGCUGCCAACUCGCCCGUGGCAAGAGCUGCGCAUGAUUACGCAUGCGUCUGCCAGUAUCCCAACCAAUUUCCUUAUGUGCUUCACUGCGACCAAUGCUUGGGAACGGAUCCCCAGCCAUGGUGCCGCACUCUGAGGUCGCGAGGCACCAUUUGCGCCUAG